AUGCAUUUGGCUCAUGCAGGUGCAACAGCAGGUUACCCUGGUGUUUACAGGACGUAUUGUAAGCUUAGGGAUUACUUUUACUUCCCUAACAUGUUGGCCACAGUGAAAGAAUAUGUUGGUACAUGUCGAUCUUGCCAGAAAUGUAAGGGCAUGCCUUAUCGUGCUCCUCUUGCUGCUGCACCACAGGCCAGUUACCUACUGGAAAGGGUAUCUGCAGACCUCAUGGAACUUGAAGUGACCUCGCAAGGUAAUAAAUAUGUAUUGGCUUUCAUAGACCAACUCACUCGAUACGUCCAGUUGAUACCUUUGCCAUCCAAGGAUGCAGAGACUGUGGCUGAUGCCUUUAUUAAUCAGUUUGUGACUGUGUUUGGGCCACCUCGUCUAUUGCAAAAAAACAAUGGCCGAGAAUUUAAACACAAUUUAUUUAAGAGGGUUUGUGAGUUGGCCAGUGUACAAACCAGUUUCACUACUGCUUUCCAUCCCCAAGCUAAUGGGAUGAUUGAACGCACCAACCGAGAGGUGAAAAACGCCUUGGCAACACUUCUGGAGGCUUCUCCCUUAGAAUGGGAUGAACUUUUGCCAUAG